CAGCUGUACUACAGUACGAUUUCUGCCGUAUAAUAUUAUUGGUGCAGUGAUUGAUAAAUCGUCGAGCCUGCUAAUACAAUGAUAACAAUAUGUUUACAGACUACACUACCACAGCGUUUUUAGUUUUGUUUAAUUCGGGGACUCGGAGUUCAAACAGUCAAUAAUUAUUUUUCAAAUUAUUGUUAAUUAUUUUAAAAUUGCUGUGCAUCGUCAGUCGUUGCCCCUUAGUGACGACUGAUGGUACAUUUUUCAUUAACUUGGAAGUAAAGUAUAAUAUGACUAUCAAUAAUAUUUAAUAUUAUUUUAAUUAUUAGUUAAUUUAUAUAAUGGAUAAACAAUCAAAUGAUACCAAUGUAUCAGAUUCAAAAGCCUUGGAAGCAACAGAAUUUUAUUUUGAAUCAGACUUUUAUUUAUUAAAGAAUAAUAAUGAUUAUAAAAAUUUACUGAAAUCCUUAGCUAUACUUGAAGUACAAAGAUGUACAACAAUUCAAAAUAUUGAAAAACUUGCCGUGUUAAAAGAUCACCUUUCAAAAAAUCCUUCUUUGACAUUGAAAAAAGUUAUUAAACGUGAAGACAUAGGUACAUUAAAGACAGUUAAUAUUCAUAAGUUGCCAGAUAUUGAUUGGUCGGUGUAUGUAACAGAUGAUACAACAGAAAAUGAACCACUAAAACAAGUAUGUGAUAUUAAUUUACGACAUAAAAACGUUUCUGAUAAACAAGAAACACAGAUAAACAAUACAACUUCAGAGGCAGAAAAACCGGAAACAUUUAAAAAACCUUGGACAGUUGAAGAGCAAUUGCGUCUUGAAGAACUUUUAAUUGAAUAUCCACCAGAAAGAAAUGAAAGUAACAGGUAUAGAAAAAUAGCUGACGCUUUAGGUACAAGAAAUUUGAGACAAGUAUGUAGUAGAGUUCAAAAGUAUAAUAUGAAAAUGAAAAAAGUUGGUUCAAUAAAAUCUAUUAAUGCAAAUUCAAAAAAUUUAAAUAAAAAAACUGUAUCAUUAAGUCAUAAAAAUAUUGGUGCAUUAUUAAAACCAACCACAUUUAUACCAUCUACUACAUUAAUUGAUGAUGUUGAUGUUUAUAAUGCUAAUCGAAAUAACUUCAAUGUAAGUCACAAAAAUAUUGAAAUGAGUAAUAAGACAAAAUUAGCAAUCUUAGAUGAAGUAUUAAAAGACAAACUUACCGAAAAAGAUUGUCCAAUUGUGCAUGUUGAUUAUGCAUGUUGUGUAUGUCAGUCUUCUCCCAUUAUUGGAACAAGGUGGAAUUGCAAUGAUUGUCCAGCUAUUGGUAAAAGCUCUAAUUUUUGCGGAGAUUGUAUAGUAGAUACAGUUAGGAACAUUCUCGAAAAACCUCCACAUCCUAUGGAUCACAUAGUUACUCCUAUUAGAUGCAUUAAGGCCAAUGAUGAUAAUAUUGAUAAUCUUGUUGACCAAAAUUAUGUCCCAUUAGUAUUUAAAACUCAAAACUACUUAGAUCCAAAUUUUAUGGUCUAGAAUAACUUAGAUUAAUUAUAUGCAUUGUGUUUUAUUGUGUUUAAUCAAUUUUUUUUAUAAGUAUUGUUAAUAAUGAAUGUUGUUUUAUUUUUAAUUCAAUAAAUUCUAUUUGUUUUGCAAUUUUUGUCUCCAUAACUGAUUAUUACAGUAAAUCUUAAUCUCACACAAUUCAAUUAAUAUUUUAUGUAAUCUAAUUUUAUUAUAUUAAUUUUGUUUUAAAAUAUAUAUAAUUCACAAUUACGUUUAAGUUUUAUAUAUUUAUAAUUGUCAAAAUGUUACAGUAUGCUAAACCACCCCCAAAACCACAAAUUUGUAAUUAUUUAUACUUUAUUAUGUGUAACUACUUUGUUUUCUAAACUAAAAUUAUUAUUUCUCUAUUUGAUCAUAAUUAUUCUAGUAUUAUAAUAAUCUAGAAGAUUAGGUCUAAAGAUCAAUCUAUGCUAAAUUUUUAAUCUAUACAUGUCAGCAUGAAAUGGUGUUCAUUAAUUUCAUAAUCAAUUACUAUUAUUCAAUCUAGGUAUAUUAAUGUGUCAUUAUGGUCAUGACUAUAAAAUUAGUAUAUGAUCAAUGAUGAAAUAAAAAAUAUGUAAAAUGUAAAAUCAUCUUAGAUACACUAAAAAUUGUUAUAAUACUAAAUACUAAUAAAAAUUAAAUGUAGGUAUUCUCGUAUACAAAUUAUAAAUAUAAACAAUAUAUAGUGGACGCCGCUUAUAAGACUCGUGGAUAUAAGGUUCAGUCACUUGUCUGACUCAGAUUUGACUGAAUAAACUAAAUACAUUAUACACAAUUUGGUAAUAAGAUUCAAAUCUCGUUUUUUACUAAUGGUAAAAUAUAAAAAAUGUUGGUUAAAAUUUAGAAAUAAAUUGGUUUUUAUGCAUUACUAUGUGUAUGUACAACAAAUUGUAUUACAUUUCACAUUUCCCAUAUAUUUUCGGAAUAUAAUUUUAUAACUCAAAACAAACCAAAACU